AUGGUGUUAGACCAACACAUGCUCCAUAUGCGUCUUGAUGAUGGCCGGCCCGUCGACUUUGCGGCGGUCAUUACACCACCAGAAGACUGCGAUUCAAAUGAAAGCAACAAGAAACUGGAAGUUCCACCCACUGAACAAGUGCCUGUGUCAGUGGAACCUGACCAUGGAGCAAUGAUUUAUCGACUCACCCCAACUCCUACGCUUAUUUUGGAUGGCUCGUUGAAGGUGAUAGAAACAUCACAAAGCCAUCAAAAAGCAUUCAACCAUUCUCGGGAGCAACUUCUGGGAGCGAGUAUAUAUGAGAUGAUACCAGCGCUCAUCCCCGCGCCGGAUAUUGCCUCUCUCAGUGGUGCAUUAGGCGCCGCGAUCGCGACGAAACAGACUCAAGUGAUUCAACGAGUCCACUGUUCAAAGUCUGAUUAUUCUUUGAGGGUAACGCCGAUAUUUGACGAGGAUUCAUUGAUUUACGUUCUUCUCGAAGCACACGAGCAGAAGCGAAAACAAAGAAAUUCAAAUAUUAGUGAACAGGCAUAUCUCAACGAGACUUAUAAAAUUCUAAUCGACACGGUCAAAGACUACGCAAUUUUUAUGCUAGAUACCCGAGGCUACAUCGCAACAUGGAAUUCUGGCGCUGCUAUUCUCAAAGGUUACACGGCUCAGGAGAUCAUCGGUCAGCAUUUCUCUAUCUUUUAUGGGCAAGAGGACCGCCAAAAUGAUAAACCAGGGCGGGAGCUCGAAGUCUGCAUGCGCGAAGGGAAGGUCGAGGAUGAAGGCUGGCGUUACAGAAAAGAUGGCGGGCGCUUUUGGGCCAAUGUCAUGAUCACUGCCAUCUACCAGUUCGGUCGGCAUGUGGGCUUCGUGAAGGUGACUCGAGAUCUGACGGAGCGCAAAGCUGCAGAAGCGCGCCUCAUCGACGCGUUUGAAGAAUCCUCGAAGUUGAAGACCGAUUUCCUCGCCAAUAUGUCGCAUGAGCUCCGAACUCCGAUGAAUGGCAUGUUUUUGGCCUUGGGCAUGCUGACAAGAACCUCUUUAACGGACGAACAACGUGAAUUUGCGUCAAUCUUGGAAGAUUCAACUUCAAUCCUUCUGCAAGUCAUUAACGAUGUCCUGGACUACUCGAAAUUAUCAUCUGGGUCAUUCUCCAUCACCGCCGACGUGGUAAACAUACCCAGUGUGAUCAAUGCAGUGAUUCGAAAUUGCCAGCCCUCAGUGAAGCCCGGUGUCUCAUUCAAAUCUUCAGUGGCUUCGGACUUUCCUCCAAAUGUCAAGGGCGACCCAUUACGCUUUCGUCAAGUCUUGCAAAACCUUGUUGGUAACGCAGUGAAGUUCACAGAAGCGGGCUAUAUCCACAUCAAUGCGUCUUACUCAAAAGACCCCACUGAUCCUCGUUCAUACGCCAUCUCGAUCCAGGUGGUAGACUCUGGUAUUGGAAUCCCAGAGAAUGCUGUCAAUACCCUUUUCACCCCUUUCAGCCGAUUUGCAGACUCUGCGACCAAACGAUAUCAAGGGACUGGACUAGGACUUUCCAUUUGCAAAAGUUUAGCUGAGCUCAUGGAUGGUGCUGUUGGAUUCUAUACGAACCCAGAUGGUCCCGGCAGUGUCUUUUGGAUGUCUACAAAGAUGGGCCACAUUGAUCCGCCAACGGCGACAACAAGAGAAAUGAGGUCGCCUAUUGAACGAACAAUAUUCGAUCCUACAAAUCUACUCAAGACAAUCGCAUCUCGAAAGCAAAUCCUUCUUGUUGAAGACAAUAAAGUAAACCAAACCAUCAUGCUGAAAUUGCUAGGGUCUUUGGGCUUUGGACGGGUUGAUGCUGCCUGGGAUGGCGCUGAAGCCGUUCGCAUGGUGAAGCAAAAGCCACUUGCAUACAAUGUCAUCCUAAUGGAUAUCAAUAUGCCCGUCAUGGAUGGAUUACUAGCCACCACGCACAUUCGGGAUAUGAAAAUUGAUGUCCCCAUCAUUGCAUUGACAGGAAAUGCCCUCAAAGGAGAUGCUGAGACGUACCUGGCGAUGGGCAUGAAUGACUACAUUGCGAAACCGCUUCACCGGCAACAGUUAGUAGAUAUGCUCUGGAAAUGGUGCGGAGCAUAA